AUGGCGGGGAAGAAACGCUCUGUCUGCUCCAGCAGACUUCACCAAUGGACCGUGAAUAUCACACACAUAUCCACAAUAAUCCUUCUCUUAAGUGUUAGUGUUAACUCAAGUAAUUCCACCGAUGAUGACAUUAAGAAAAUCAAAAGUGACAUUCCUAAAAGAUUAAAAUUCGUAGAAGCCGUAACCGGCCGUGGCUUUAGUGAUGUGUAUCAAAAUGGUACUUUUAGAACCGGCAAUAGUCUGUGGGACAAUAUUCUUAAUAAGUGCACUCUAUCGCCAUCUGUUAGUUGCUUGCAGAACAACUUUUAUUCGUAUUUAGACGAGAGCUUAGAUUUUAACGGUGAUAUUAAUGUGACUAGUGGUGUGUGCUUUAAAAAGAAUAAUGUUGACAUGAAUAAAUUUAGUAAGGAGGCAAAUAUCAUUUAUCUCACUGGAAGUAAGGAUAAAGAUGACGCGAGAUCGUUUGAUGCGGAAAAUGAAAUCGACGAUGAAGAGGAUGCUGAGACGCCGCUAGAAGAAGUCACCGAUGCCCUAUACAAUAAAGGAGUGAAGUUCCUGCUGACACAUGACAUGAAAUUGACUCUUCCCGAAGUGAUGUUCCACGGAGCUACUUUAAAAGUGUCUCCACGAGCGUUGACUAAGACCGGGGCAUUAGUGCAUAUUGAUCUGGAACCAAAACAAAAUGGAGAAGGGAGGCUUUUCUUUCACAAAAUAAAAAAAUACAUAAGAAAGAAGUUGGUAAUGGCAGCCCUAGCAAUAAUAUUAGUCGUCAAGCUGAUAGCUCUAAAACUAAUAUUCGUGUUGCCGAUCGUAUUAGGAGUUACAACCGCAAAGAAAAUGUUCCUCAAAAUGCUUCUAUUCAUGUUCCCCGCCUUGAGUCAUAUAUUCAAGCUGUGUUCGUGGUAUCACCAGAACUAUCACACGACGAAAUAUCACCACCAUCACCAUUUGAUCACUCAUCAUCACAAGUCCCCACACGGACAUCCUCCACCACCUGUUUACGGUCCACCAUCCCAUGGAACUGUCUACGCCAAACCUCAUGUAGAAACGCAUGGACCAACUUUUGAACACUAUCCCCAAGACUGGGAAUUAUCUGGGCCUGGCCUUGGAAGCGAAUACUUAUCAGACAUACAUCGCAAUGCGAUUGCAAAUUUCAAACCGCACGCUAAUGAUGGAAAUGAUAUAAAUUCUUGGGGUCUUGGAUUACCUCCAGGUUCCGGUGCCCUCAAUGCUGGUGAACUAGCUGGUAGUAAUAAUGUGGCAAAUGUGGUUCCAGGUCCAAAUGGAAAUAUUGGAAGGCCAGUUGGACCUCCCGCAGGGCUACCACAGCUGAAUCCAUAUUAUAGAAAUAAGAAAAACACACCUCAAGAUCCUUCGCAGGCGGAAAAAGAAGCAUUGAUUCGUGCAGCGACAUUAGCUGCGCACGCGCCGCCAUCUCCAGUUAGAGAUGAACUUUUGCGCGUCUCUGCAGCCAAGCUGAAUGAGAACAAUCGUGUAAGAACCGAAACGGAGUUAGUGCGUCAGCAGCAAGAAAUACUGGCCGCUGAGGACCCGGAUACAGUACAAGCUGAACAGUUCUACGGUUCUCUAUUAGAGAAAGUUGACGUCAUACUGGCCCCUAUGGGAGCCGUGGACAUAGGGUGUAAGGAGAGAGCUAUUUGCUCACUUUAUAGGGACCCGUUUGGACACGCGCCGUACAGUAAUCUAGUCUCAAAUGAACUAAGCAAAGAUUCGAGUGAAUUAGUGCCACCAGCUGAAAGCAAGAUGGCGUUGCGGUACUACAGAUACGUACAAGCAGCCAGAGAUGGUCAAGAACAGAAGGAUUGUAUCAGCAUUUAUCCAAACUGCAACAUCAACUAUAAGAGAAAGUGA